AUGAAGGACUGCGAAGCCCCGUUGGUCAAACACGGGUGGCGUCCUGGGUAUGAGAUUGAGGGCCGCAAGACUGCUUCUGCUCCGCCUCUUCGUCUGCUAGAGGACAAAAGGAUUCUCUGGGGCGGCACAAUAGCGGCUGACAUUCUCAACGUGAAAGAAAACGAGGCCCUGGAUGAUGAAGAAAAGAUUCAGCCCCUGUUGGAGCAGGUUCGUCACAAGUUAAACGGCAAAGCUCUCGAUACCGUUGUCGACCACACGUGGAAUUUUCCGGGAGGCAGCUCUAUCCAUCUUAUCCCUCCCAGUAUCGCAAGGGGCCGAAUGCAACAGAUCACUCUAGAUCCGCGCAGACGCGAUGCCCGAGAAUAUAGUUGUUACAAGAUAACCGACUCGUCGCGUUUGCGCGUGGUAUAUCAGAGGUUCCUUGAAGACGGGAUGCUUUUGCCUUUUGGGCAUUCACGUCUUGAUUUUGUCUACCCAAAUGGCGCCCUGUUUCCAGAGGAUAUCCAGUACUGUUAUGCUGGGAGUGCUAGUCCUCUCGCUGCAUGGGGCGUCUUGGACGUGGGCAAGACGCCGUGGGCUGUCGAGAACGAUUUGUACGGGAAGCUUUGCUGCUUACUUAGGGGCGUUAUUGGGGAAUUCCUUCAUUGCCUAGGGCAAACUCGAAUCGUGCUGUCGCUUCUCAAUGUUGCCGUUCGAGCGCUUCCUCAUCGCCUGGGCGGCAGAAAGUAUGAUCGAAUAGAGUACCUCCUGGCUACACAGGUGUCAAGUGUGUGCGGCAUAGAAGACUUGAGCAUUCGAGACACGUUUCAACUCUUCUCUGGGCACCUUGUCGACCCAACAGAUAAUCCCCAUGCCACUCUAAUGACGCGGUACAUGAAGACAUGUGAAUUUGAGCAGCACGCUCGCGAGUCUGGGAUGGAAAUGAAGUCGGAGAAUACCGUUGUGGACGAGUGGCCCGCGAGGCCCCUGGAUCUGGACGUCAAGAAUGGCGUUGCUUGGCACGAAAUCACCAAACCCGCCUCUUCCUCCUCCCUCCCCUCCCCUUCGCAGCAGCAGCAGCAACAGCCGCCCCCGACAAUGGCUUCCCUCGCUCCUUUUGUCCUGAAGCGGCCUUGGUUGGUCAAGGCGCUGACGCCCGCGGCCAAUUGGUACGCUGGCGCUUCUGGAUACCGCCAGCUCGGCCUGAGAUACGACGACCUCCUCGAGGAAGAGUCCGAAGCCGUGCAAAUCGCCCUCAAGCGCCUCUCCGCAAAGGAGUCGUACGAGCGCGUCUACCGCAUCCGCCGCUCCGUCCAGUGCAGCUACACCCACAAGCUGCUCCCCAAGGACCAGUGGACCAAGCCCGAGGAGGAUGUCCCUUACCUGCGCAACAUUCUUGCUCAGGUCGAGGCCGAGCUCGCUGAAAAGGACGCCCUGGAUUCCAUGACCGUCAUCAAGAAGCACUAA